UUCUAAAGCCUCUGUGUCUGUAUAUAAACCCAUCUCCUUUCCUUUAGUUUUCCUCCAACUUCAACUUCAACUUCAAUUUCAACCACUACCCACCAUUUCUUUUGCUUUUUCAUUACUUGUGAGGCUUCCAGUUUCAUGGAGACAGUUGAAUUGAAAGUAGAGAUGGUAGGAAUCCACGAGAAAAGGCUCAGAAAAUGUCUAUCGAAGUUGAGAGGGGUGGAGAAGGUGGAGGUGGAUGCGAACAGCCAGAAGGUAGCGGUGAGCAGCUACAUUCACCGGAACAAGAUACUGAAAGCCAUUAGGAGAAGCGGUCUCAAAGCCGAUUUUUGGUCGGCUCAGAACGAACUCCUGAACGCCUACGCCGCCACUUAUGGCGCCUUCAGAUUCUCUCCUUACAAUUCCUUCUUCUAGAGCUUUCCCUUCUUCCUUCACUACCAUUUCAAUUUUUUCCUUAUUAUUUUUUCUUUGGGGGCUUCUUUUUCCCAAUCACGAUGGAUUUGGUGUACCACCGGACCAUCCGAUACAAUGUGGUUUACAGUUUUGCAUUUUUAGAUGUACAAUACAAAUUACAAAAUUAUCUU